CUUCCCGGUCCUUCGCCCUCACCUGAUUGCUCGCUGCCUGGCCGCACGCCCUGCUCCCCUGUCUUCCGCGGCUCCUUGGUGACAUUUCGCCGCUCAGCCAGUUCCGGCUCCCCACGUUCUCUAACGCAGACGAAAGCCACUCAAGUACCGGAGUGGCCAACCCCGUGCCGUUCCCGAUUCUCCCUCCUGCGGCUCUCACCCCUCCAGUGCCGACGGUAGAGAAAGACCUUGCUCCAGGGGCUUCCUCCUCCCGGGGGGAUUGCCGGCAAGAGCAAACAGAAAAGGCGCUGGUGUGGGCUCCAAAAUAAACACAUCUGAAUUCAUGAUGGCAUCGACAGAGGCUCUUAUUGGAUUAAAAGUUUUCAAACAAACAAAAACGCUUUGGAAAAAGCAGGGUUGAAUGCCUGCCUGCGCCCUCAGGCCCGACCAUGGAGAAAGGUGGUAACAUACAACUGGAGAUCCCCGACUUCAGCAACUCUGUCCUGAGCCACCUAAACCAGCUGCGCAUGCAGGGCCGGCUCUGUGAUAUUGUGGUCAACGUGCAAGGACAAGCUUUUCGGGCUCACAAGGUCGUGCUGGCCGCCAGCUCCCCCUAUUUCCGGGAUCACAUGUCCUUGAAUGAGAUGAGUGCUGUCUCCAUCUCAGUCAUCAAGAACCCUACUGUUUUUGAACAGCUCCUGUCUUUCUGUUACACGGGGCGGAUAUGCUUGCAGCUGGCAGAUAUCAUCAGCUACCUGACAGCUGCCAGUUUUCUGCAGAUGCAGCAUAUCAUAGACAAAUGUACACAGAUCCUGGAGGGCAUUCAUUUCAAAAUUAACGUGGCCGAGGUUGAAGCAGAAUUAAGUCAGACAAGGACAAAGCAUCCCGAGAGACCUCCAGAGUCUCACAGGGUCACACCAACUCUAAACCGCUCCCUCAGCCCACGACAUAACGCCCCCAAGGGAAGCCGGCGAGGUCAGGUCAGUGCUGUGCUGGAUAUCAGGGAGCUGAGUCCUCCCGAGGAGUCCACCAGCCCGCAGAUAAUUGAACAGAGUUCCGACGUGGAGAGCCGGGAGCCCAUUCUUCGGAUCAACCGAGCCGGGCAGUGGUACGUGGAGACGGGAGCAGCGGACCGAGGGGCGCGGAGUGAUGAUGAAGUGAGGGUUCUUGGAGCAGUGCACAUCAAAACUGAAAAUCUGGAGGAGUGGCUGGGGCCUGAGCAUCAGCCUUCUGGAGAAGAUGGGAGCAGCGCAGAGGAAGUCACAGCCAUGGUGAUUGACACCACGGGCCAUGGUUCCGUAGCACAGGAAAAUUACAGUUUAGGAUCUUCCGGGGCCAAGGUGGCUCGGCCGACGAGCAGUGAAAUUGACAGAUUUAGCCCCUCCGGCAGUGUUGUCCCCUUGACGGAGAGACACAGAGCCCGAAGUGAGUCUCCUGGGAGAAUGGACGAGCCUAAGCAGCCCAGCUCCCAGAAUUGGAAUCGUAACUAUUACAAGAGAACUUAUUAGUUUUAAUAGAUGUUGGAGAAAAUGUUGGGAGCUUGGAGGAAAAGUAAGUUUACUCAUAUAAUUAGGGCUCUUUUUCUCCUCAUCUCUCAAAUAGGGUGUGAUGACCACAGGGCAGGUGACAGUUAUGAAAUAAAUACAGCAAUGAGACAGACCUUACAGCUUAAUGGGGGUAUAAGAUGGGCUAACAAAAUACACAAAAUCAAGCAGAUAAGACUCCAGACUUCAAUGACAGUCUUGUGGCAAGAGGAGUGCUUACCAGGCCGUUAGGGACUCAGUGUCCCCUUAGGUAUUAUUCAGGAGAGUUUAAAUGCAGUGUUUAAUGAAAUAGAGAACUUAUACCACAUAUAGACGGAAUAGGGAUAAAAACGAAUUCUACAAGGGUGUUUACCUGACCGAAACAGAAGGUACAGGCUAUAAAGAACUAGAAGAUAAGUAAUAUUUCCUGGUGACAUUAAGAGAUGAGUUAAUAUGUGUUUUAACUUAUUUGAAAGUUUAUUAUGGUUAGUGUACUGACCAGUUUUUUU